GAUUUUAAGACAGUGCUGUCUUUCCCCCAGUACCCAGGGGAGUUUCUGCACCCUGUGGUAUAUGCAUGUACUGCAGUUAUGUUGUUGUGCCUGUUUGCUUCCAUUAUCACCUACAUUGUCCAUCACAGCACAAUCCGAAUAAGUAGAAAAGGAUGGCACAUGCUUCUCAACUUUUGUUUCCAUACUGCUCUUACGUUUGCUGUUUUUGCUGGUGGAAUCAAUCGCAUUAAAUAUCCAAUUAUAUGUCAAGCUGUUGGCAUAGUGCUACAUUAUUCUACACUCUCUACUGUGCUAUGGAUUGGAGUAACUGCCAGAAAUAUCUAUAAGCAAGUCACAAAAAAACCUCAGCCAUGCCAAAACAGUGAUCAACCUUCUUAUCCAAAGCAACCACUGCUCAG